AUGCCUCAAAAUAAUCAUUCUGAUGAAUAUACCUUGGAUCAGGUGAUAAAUAACUUAUCGGGGACAUCCAAUCGAAUGACAGUUACCGAAUACAAUAAAAUUGGUGAAGGAGCAUUCGGUACAGUUGUGGAAGCGGUAUUGAACUAUACCGAUCCACCAAAUAACACUGAAGAAACCCAUGGACCAUUUGCCAUUAAACGAGUACCUGCACAAACCGAAUAUAAAUCAAGAGAAUUAGAAAUCUUGAGAGUAGUUAAUCAUCCAAAUAUUGUUAGUUUAAGAUUUUUUUUCGAUAAAAAAUCAUCAAUUGAUGGUAAAAUUUAUCAAAAUUUAGUUAUGGAAUGUUUACCUUCAAAUUUACAAAGUGAAAUUAAAUAUUAUAGACAACUGAAAUAUACUAUACCUUAUCCUCAUAUGAAGGCUUAUACUUUCCAACUUACUAGAGCAAUGUUAUAUCUACAUGGUUUUGGUAUAUCUCAUCGUGAUAUUAAGCCUUCAAAUAUCUUGGUUGAUCCUUCUUCAGUUACUCUUAAAAUAUGUGAUUUUGGUAGUGCCAAAAAAUUAGAACCAAAUCAAUCAAGUGUUAGUUAUAUAUGUUCUAGAUAUUAUCGUGCUCCAGAAUUGAUUGUGGGAUGUCCAAUCUACACUACUAAAAUCGAUAUUUGGGGUCUUGGUUGUGUAAUUGCUGAAAUGUUUUUAGGUAAACCUAUUUUCCAAGGUCAAUCUCCUGAAUUACAAUUGAAAGAGAUUUCAAAAUUAUUGGGCCCUCCUCCCAAAACUUUUUAUUUUAAAUCAAAUCCUCAAUAUCGUGGUAAUAUGUAUCAAAAUAAAUUAUUCAGUUGUUCUGUUGAAGAUCGUUUUAAACAAAUUUUUAGUAACUCUCCUCCCGAUGCAAUUGAUUUAUUAUUGAAAAUUUUGGUUUAUGAUCCUGAUUUUAGAGCAAGUCCAAGAUCGGUUUUGGUUCAUCCUUUCUUUUAUGAAUUGAAGAAAGAAAACUUCAAAGUUUACCCAAGAGGUGCUUCUGAACCAAUUAGCCUUAAUUUAUUCAACUUUAGUAAAUACGAAUUAGAAUUACUAGGUCCUUUAAAAGAUGAAUUGUUAAAAUCCUCAGAAUAA